AUGUCCGAAACCAACACUGGCGAAGACGUCGGCGCCGAGGCUGCGCACGACUUGCUUCUCGACGGCGAGAAAAAGUUGAGAAUUUUACCAGGAGCAUCAUCGCACGCUGCGUCGUUCCAGAUCGAGAAGGAAGACCACACUCUGGGUAACGCGCUACGGUACUUCAUCAAUAAGAACCCUGAUGUCGAAUUUUGCGGCUACACGAUCCCGCAUCCCAGCGAGACCAAGAUGCAUAUUAGGAUACAGACUUGGGAAGACACAUCAACGACAGCUUACGAAGCUCUCCGGAAAGGCCUACUAGAUAUGGUAGAGGCGUGCGAUGUUGUGACGGAGAAGUUUGAGAGCGCACGAGAUGAGUUUAACGCAUCUCAUGCGAAUGGCAAUUAA